AUGGAUGAAGAUUCAAUUGAAUAUUAUUUUAAUUCGAUUAAAGACUUUUAUGCAGAUAAUAAAGAACUACUUAUUGAAACCAAUAUUACAAAAUACAUUCGCUUCUUAAAAAGAUAUUCAAAUGAAUAUGUAUCCAAUAACCAGGAAUUAAGUCAAGCAGCUUAUAGAUUAAUUGACUCUACACUAUUUUUAGAAAAUAGUACUUUAAUCUUGAGUCAUCUAAUCAAUCUUGCUUUAUCAACUACUCUUGAUGACACACAUUUAUGGAUUGUAUAUGGACUGUUAUAUUAUAUUGGAAAAGAAGAUCCAAGAUGGAUGAAUUUUAUUGUUAUUAAAGCAUCCUCCUCUUCUUCUUCUCAUUGUUACAUGCAUAACCCAUUAUUAUCAAAACUAUUAUCAGAAAUGCAAUCCUUUAAGGGAGGUUAUCAGUGUAUGUCUUUAACACUACAAUUCUUGUAUGAAAUGUAUAAAGUAACAAAAGCAAGUCAAAUUGAUCUUGAAUCCACAUUGUCUUUCCAAUCUAUUAACUUUCUCUUUCAAUUGGUGGAAUCAACAACUGAAGAUUCGCAAGAAGCAUUUAAUUACCAAUUUAUAAACGUUUUAUUAGUCUUGAAUGAGCAAUAUAUGAUGAAUACUGAUGUGGAGAAUAAAGUGUUGAACGUUUUAUCUACGAGAUUAAGAACAUCACCUAUUUUUGCACAAAAUUUAAUUUUCAUGUUAAAUCGUUCAUCAGAAGAUGAAUGUACUCAAGUUUUAAUCUUAAAGUUAUUAUAUGGCAUAUUUACAAGAUCUGAUUUAUUUGAUUUCUUUUAUAUCAAUGAUCUUCAUGUUUUAAUUGAUAUUAUAUUACGUGAACUGGACUCUUUAGAUGAUAAUAAAACUAGGCUUUGUAAUAGUUAUUUAAGAGUAUUGGAGCCAUUAUUAACAAAUACACCAUUAAAACAACAAAAGUCCUUUUAUAAAAAACAUGAAAUUCAUCAAGUCUUGUGUUCACUUAUUACACCUUAUUUACAUCGAACUGUAAAGACGUCUACAAGAAAACUUGUCAAGGAAAUAUUAGAAAAAUGGUGGGAGACGAUAUGUAAUAAACCUGUAGCUCCUCUUUUAGGUAUUCAUGUUAAACAUGCUAUUAUCGAAAGUGGUAUAAAUCAGCAACAGCGUAAUCAUAAUAAUGCAGUUAUCAUGUCUGAACCACCUUCAGAUUCUGAAGAUCUUAAAAUGGGAUAA